AUGGACGCGGCAUCAGACCCUACGAGGAGCAGUGCAGGCUCGGGACGAUCUUCGGGGAGCAGGUCGAAGCAGAACCCGCAGCAACAGCUCUCCACCAUCGAAAAGUCCGUCACUCACCUCCUCGUCGCCACCAAACAACUCCUCGAAACCCUAACCCAAUGGUCGCGCGGUUCAGCCUCCGAAGGCGAGGUCAGCGAUGUCUACGUCCGCUUGGGCUACGAGUUCAACAUAGCAUGUCGGGCAUUUGGCGCUAUCGGCGUGGAUACCUCAGACCUUGGCCCUGUCCCGGACUUGUUGCGAGCCAUACUGGAGGAUACUUUGAGUCAAGAGGCCAGCCAGGCGAGCUUGGACAAGUAUCUGCCACGGAUACGUGAUAUCAUCAUCAACCUCCUGCACGGUCUGAAGAAGAAGCAGCAGCGGCUGCGGCAGAAAGGGACAACAUCGUCGACUGCGAGUGGGAGUGGGCAGAAUGGCUUACCGCCGCGGCAGGCGAGUGUGGCGAGCAAUCUCAGCGCGGAGAGUCAGGUCAAUCAGCACUUGGAGGAGUUUCCGGCGCGGACACAGAGCAGUCGGUCGUUUGCACAACGGCAGGGGAGUGGAGAAGUGGCAAUGCCUGAUCUACCCCCUCGGACUACGAGUGCGCCGGGAAGGCAGUCGCCGAAAAGAGCUGCGAACUUGAGUCCCGCGAACAGUAUACACCAGUCUGCGAGUCGAGAUACCAUCGCUUCGGAUUCGGGGUCCUCAAUAUCGAGCAACGCCAUGCAGAACAUCCCUGUCAUCGCUCCAUACCCAGAGACAGACACGAUCCCGACAAAUACUCAAUUUGAGCAACCACCGCAACCUCCUCCGUUACCUGGCUCAGGGUCACCAUCAGUCGACCCACCACGCCCCCCUCCGAAACAGAACGAUGCACUCAGCGCACUGCAGCGAGGAGGCGAAUUGGAAAGACGAGCAUCAAGACGUUUUUCCGCCUACCAGAUCCAAAAGCACCUUGGAACGUCCAUGAACGGCAUAGCGGCCAUCCCACCAGCACAGAACUCGCCCAUCCCGAAUAGAGGCCGGGAUGCGCGUGAGUCGCUCAAUGCCGUUCGCUCGAGAGGGAGCGUCAUGCACAGUCGAGCGAGGUCUCGCAAGGAGGCCGCUGCUGGGUACGAGCCGUCGCCGAGCCGAAUCAACGAGGUGAGACGGAUAUCGGAGGAGAGCGAGCAACAGCAGCAGAAGUCUGCGCCAGAGUUGCAUCCGCCGAGUAGACCCUCCGUGGAGACAGAGUUGGAUAGCCCAAAUGUCAAGACUCCGGAGGACAAGCUGGGCUCGUACCCUUUCCCGGACACACCAGGGAGUCCGCAGAAGUUCAGCGCGACUCUCAAUGGGCCUAUGGAAGAGCCUUAUAUUCCUGACGGACCUUCGCAACAGCUCGAAAGACGAAAGACGCCGACGCCGAAGCGAAGUGCUUCGCGCAGAGCGGUUGUGGUAGAAGAGCAACCUCGCACGCCGCCAGUCUCGCAAUACGUGCCUGAAGGAUCGCCGCAGCUGGGCAAAGAACUGACUUUGUUCUUACAAUACAAGUCCAAGAUCAAGAAGUUCGUCUUGCCAGACGGCGGGGACUUGAGUCUGGCUCGUCUACAGCUGGCUUUUAUUGAGAAGUUCGCUUGGAAUACGCAGAACAACGGAACAGAUCUGCCAGAGAUUUACAUCCAGGAUCCCGUUUCUGGCGUGCGGCACGAAUUGGAAGACCUUACCGAUAUCAAAGAGCGCAGUGUCCUCGUCCUCAAUAUCGAAGCCUUGGAUGAAGUCAAGCGUCACAUUGACGAUGGCAUCGGUGGCCUGCGUCGAAUUGUGGAAGGAAUCAAGACCAGCGUCGAAGACCAGCAAUCCGCCAUCCAGCGCGUCUCCGACCGCCAACAAGAUGCCGCGCGAGAAAUGGCAGGCUUCGUAGCAGCUGGCCCACCCACCACUGCCCCUGCUCCUCGGCCGUCUUCUACCACGGCCACCCCGCCUCCUGGCAUCAGACCAUCCGCGUCGGUUGGGAAAGACAAGUCCAGCCAACUAACCGAGAUCCAGUCCCUCCGCCGCGAUCUUGCCGUCGUCCGCCAAACUUACACCACCUUCGUCUCCUCCAUGCAAACCACAAUGACCACCCUCCGCACCCAAGCCGCCAACGUCAAAACCGCCGCUUCCAUCCCUGCAAUGCCUUCCGAUCCUUCCUCCGGCCGCGCCUACGUCGACAAAGGCAAAUCCUCCCUCAGCCAAGACUCCGAAAGCAUCGUCAACCGCGUCGACGACCUACAAGACCUCGUCGAAGACCUGCGCAAAGACGUCGUAGUCCGCGGUGUCCGUCCCCUCCCUCGCCAACUGGAAGGCGUAAGCAAGGACAUCUCCACCGCCACCGCAGACCUCAAGAAACUCAAAGAGUUCCUCCGCCGCGAAAAACCCGUCUGGACCAAGAUCUGGGAGCGCGAGCUCCAAGUCGUCUGCGACGACCGCGACCUCCUCACCCUCCAAGAAGAACUCGCCGUCGAUCUCGAAGACGACCUCGAGAAAGCCGCCGCGACCUUCGCCCUGGUCGAGGAAGCCACGCGACAGCAGAACCUCACCGCGCAGAAAGACACCGGCGCCCCGAUAGGACCAGGCCAGCUGCGCUCUUCUUCCCGCGGCACGGCGUUCGCGAUCGACACCGGCGCCGAUCCGCGGAAAGCUAAAGAUAGUGUCUUAGGCGAAGUGCGCGCGCUCCAACCGAACCAUGAAAGCCGACUCGAAGCUAUCGAGCGCGCGGAGCGCGCCCGCCUGCGCGAGCUCGAGAACAGGGCAGGCGGGGAGUUCCAGAAGGAACUCGGCUCGUUCGUCGAAGAAGGGCGGUUGAAGAAGACCGGCGGCGUGGAGGAGGUGGAACGAAUCCGGCUUGUGCGCGAGGAGAAAGCUCGGAGGGAAGUUCAGGAGCGGCAGCGUGAGCGGAUGAGGCAGAGGGCUGAGAAGGAGGCAGGGGAGGCUAAUGGUGCGCCGCCGGACGCUGGUGCUGGUACUGCGGAAGGCGGGUUGGAAGUCCCAGCGAAGGAAGGCGAGGAGAGGGCGAGUAGUCCCGAGUCUGCAGUCGGGUUUGUAGAUGCGAGGGAGGAGGCGGGCACGCCGGCGAAUGAGACGGCGAAUGAGAAGGAGGGAGGCGGGUUGGGCUAG